AUGCCCCAUCUCACUCUGUUCCUUGCGCUCCCGUUACUCCCUUUGGCGAUCCCGCUCUAUCGGCCGAGCAGCAUGAUACGGAUAUGUUUGACGCAACAAGAUAACCAUGAUUCUGGUCUCCUUGGGAGUGUCAUUGGCCCUUCACACUCGGACAGAUCCUGGAUGCUUCGCAAGAUUGUCUAUGAUCAUCCAGCCGACCAUAUGAGACGAGUCGAUGAAGUCUUCCCCUCAAAGCAAGAGGAAAACCUUCAAGGUCUGCGUGAAAGAGUGCACCCAAUUGAAACUGAAGGCGAAGGGCCAAGAAUUUGCGAUUUGGCCUCAGUUCCAAUGGAUGACUUUCUAGAGGACGAAAGUGACAUGAUUCAUCAGUUUUGGACAGAUCCGCAUGGACAAAAUUUAGAUUAUUUGGUAACGGACUUUCGACAAAAUCAAGGCAGUCAAUCAACACUGGCAACACCCUCCAGCACUCUUUCUUGCCAGACUGCAGGUCAUGCCAUGGGGUUUGAUACUUCAAGGCUUACCCAUCCAUCUGGAGAAGAUUUACAUUCUUUGGUUACGGAUUUUCGACAUGAUCAAGGUAGUCGAUUAACAUCCUCCAGUACUUUUUCUAAUUGCCAGACCCCAGGUCACGUCAUGGGCUUUGAGACUUCAAGGCUUACCCGUCCAUCUUUUGGAAGUUAUCCUGAUUCUACAAUCACAUUACAAAGCCCCCGUGAGCAAACAGGAGAACAUGUUAAAGAUAUUUUCCCGGGAUACACGGGAAGUCAGAGGUUUGAUGUGCCUGACGUAGCGGUCAAUCCGGCUGCAUUGAGUCAUUCAAAGUCUCAAGCUCAAUGUGGGUCAGCUCCACUUCAGAGCUGGCCCGAUCCAGUGACAACAGUUCAUCCUCUUGGCCCUCAAGGAAAAAAUGGUCUUGCAUAUGCUGCCAUUUCCCUACGUAACCACUUGGCAGACACUAUUGGGCAUUUUAAUCAUGUGAAAAUGGCUAAACUUGAACCAGAAUUUAUUCAACGCGAACUAGAGAUUUUUGCACAGCUUCGCGAUUUGGAGAUUAAAAGGGGCAAAACAAAAACAUUAGAUUUUGGCCUGCCCUGGUUGAUACUUCAGGUGGGGGAAGCACCACUAAACCCAAACCAUGAAAUCAGCAACCAAGAGAUGGAAAUUAUCUCUGAAGUCGGCAUGAAUGUGUCUUUCAUGCCAAACCUAGCUUCAUCAUUCUUAUAUUUGCUCACCUAUAUAACUCACUACAACUUUGCGCUCCUUGCGAAUAAGCAUCCCAAGCUGGAUCCUAUGGAAGACACCAGAGAGCUAAUACGAUGGUUGAGGAACGAUAUUUUUUUGUUGGAAAAAAUUGGUGAUGAUUUCGAGCCUUUUCAUAAAGAUCAAGGCUUGAAUGGAGUCAUAAACUACCAAGAGCUACGGGGUUAUUUACGUGGAUAUUUUAUUACUGGUGGAAGAUAUAAUGGGGCUUCUCCUCAACUAGCAUCUGAAAUAAUCAAGUUUUGGCAUAGCAAUAAGCCUGAAGACUGGAACUUACUCUUUGGAAGUAAAGAAGCUCAAAAGGAUGCCGGAGAGAUCAUUAACCACAGCCAGAUUGACUCAGAAGUCAAGAUGUCAAUCUCACAACUCAUUCAUCAUGCAUUCCAGCUUGACCAUCCUUCUACUAAUUAA